AUCUUUGCGCUUUCCUUAGCAUCGCGGCCAUAACACGAUACUGCCCUUGGCCUAGGGCGUCCAAAUACCAGAUGCGGCCAUGCGCUUCACCCUCUUUCACUUCUUCUACUCGACCUCCUUCACGGUCCUCUUCCUCCUUCUGGCCAUCCUUGUCCUAAUCACCCCAGCCGACACCAUUGUUCAAGCUCUCAUUCGAAACGUGAGGAUUAACAAUGUAUUCAUAGUUGCCGGCUGCUACGUUCUCACAGCCCUGAUCGCACUAAUACUCUACAUUUCUCGAAUUUACAGUGUCAGGCGUUUGAUGGCCGAUAUUCCGAAGUCCUACGCACCCGUCAAGAAAGGUUACUUGAGGCCACGGGUGCACAAGGCUGUUACGGCAAAUUUGAGUCGGAGCGCGGUUAUCGCUGUGCAGAACCGACCAAAGGAGGGUGAGGAGGGGGUUUGGGGGGAAAUCAAGCAUCCGGGUUGGUCCGGUGGAACCGGACAGCUGCCGAAUGUACAGUACUUGUCUGUUGUCAAGGAGUUGCCGAAUUUAUUAGAGAUGGAAGCAUUAUCGUUAUGCGCUCCUGAGUCUCCGAGGGGUGGGCUUAGGACUCCUGCACUGAGUGGGCCUGAGGAGAUUACCGCGCCAGACCAGGAGGUGGUUAGACGACAGCCACAUGUGUCAUUCAGGGCUUAUUUGAACCAGUUGGCGGCGGUGGGCUAUGUGCGGCAGGAUGUUGCAGAUUUAUUUAUGGCCAGAUAUGAACGCGCUCGGUUCCGCAAUCAAGGUGAAGGGAUUGAAGAGAGGGAAUUCAUGGAGCUCAUGAACGUUUUUGCUGGAUUAUUGAAGACUCUGGGGGAUGACUUGUUCCUUGACUCGACAUUUGCAUCCUCGCACCAUCGAAACUGGGAGCCCAGGGACGAGGAUUCGAAUGGCGGGGACGAUCGGGAGCGUAUGGAGCCCGAAAGGCGGGAUAGGUACAGCAGCUCUGGGUAUGAAACGACAAGUACGGAACACGAGCAAGGAGAGGGGUUGCGAUCCACCCCCGAUCGCCCGAAUGACAACUUGAUCGCCGGUGCACGGAGAAGGCGGACCGGAACAAUUGGGUCGACAAAUAUCAAUAUGCGCAGAGCCACGACCGCCACUACUGCAGAAAGCAUAACAAGUCCUGAAGAUAACGGAAUAGAAAUGGUGUCGCUGAGGCCGAAGGAUGCCAGGCGGUUGAGUGUAAGGACGUCGGCGGGGACUUUUGGUUGACAAGUACAUAAUAAUGUUGUUGGGGUCCUCCUUUCUUUUCCUUUGGAUUGUGUUGGUCAGCAUUCGGGCGUUUUUCUCUUUUGUUUUGCUUAGACCCAUGUUUUUCAUUUUCACAGCAUUGAAGUCUGGCGUUUGGAUUUUCAUAUUUGGAGCGCGUAUGCUGCUGCCGUUUAGUACUUUUGUUCAGGUUCGGCUUCGCGUCUUCUGUAUCGGUUUUUCUAUGACUUUGUAAUAUAUAUCAUGUGAUAUGAUAUCCGGGGUAAGUAAAGUGCUUAGCACGUUCUGUCUUACGAGGGGAUCAAGCACUCGAGUUUAUCAAGAUCGUUUACAAUACUCGACUGUUCCUGUCUGGUUCUCACGAACUGCACUGCGCUCUUGAGCAAACGUAAUGCUCUCGAGAUGCCUGCUGAGAUAAUUCUCGAAUUGUCCCUAAAGUUUUCCCAGAUGUGUACUCUCUAUUCGAGUGA